AAAGUUAGCAAAUAUUGAAACACCGAUGAAAACAUCUGAACUAGUAAAAGCAAAAUCUCGCUUAAUGACAUCAAUAGUGAGCAAUAACACUUGUUCACCAUUAAACAAAACAAAAUUACCCAAAAUUAUUCAUAAUCAGAUAGGCUAUAUCUCGUACAAUCCCAGACAAUAUCUUAACGCGCAUCGAUCCAUUCCAUUAACAUUUGAGCACAUGAACGCUAUUGCAGUCGAGGAGAAAACUGGUACAUUAUAAUUUUACUUCACACUGUCCAUCUAAUAUUUCUUCGAUACUAGAUGCAGCACAUGAUUGUAACAUUCUUCUUAAAGACGAAAUAUUGACUGAUAACAAAAUUGGAUCAAUUGAAAAUUAUACAUUAAAAAAUAUUGAAUUAUUAUACCGUUGUAUGACUACUGAUUCAAUGGCUGCAUGGCCAUUUUAUCUCUUUAUUCAGCAAACAUUACCCAAUAAUUCUAAUGUAUUAUCGUGUAUUCGUUUCAUUAGUGAUGCUGAAAAUUAUAUGGCAAAACAAAACCAACAACGUUUGGGAGUACAGUUAAUACACAGAUUUUUAGACGAGACAUCCCUCUACUAUUUACCUAUGGAAGUGUUUGAUAAUGAUAAUGAUCGGCGGCAAAACUUGAUAUCUGAGAUUAAAUUAUAUGAUAAUAAACAUGCGGCAUUAUGGCAAACAUUAUUAAAGAUAACAAGGGUAGAUGAUAGUGAAAUAUUAGAAGAUUUAAAAUUGAUUUUACCGAAUGUUAACUUUGAUACAUUGAAUGAAGAAGUUCUGGUACAUUUCAAUUCGGUUCAGACAAAUCAGAUAGCACACAAGGUACUCGAAGCAUGUGAUGCCGAAUUACAAUUAACUGUUAAAGUUGAACAAUACAAUACAAUAGAGAAACAAGUAAAUACAGAUGAAACAUGUGAUUUAAAGGUGACAGGUAAAACAGUUUUACUCAAAGGCAAAUCAGAUGAAUUCAAAUCGCUCUGUAGUAUAUUCAAUUGGGAUGAUUAUGUAACGAAAUUCGAACAAUUCAAUGAAAUUCAUCAAGCAUCAUUUACUGAUAAUCCAUUGGAACAUCUGUCGAAGGUUCAAUCCGUAACAAACGCAGGCUUAAAUGAAUUUCAUAAUUUAGCCAAAAGCAAAACACAGUGGAAGAAUGUUGAUAAAUUUGUCGAACAUGUUAUGAAAUCAGCCUCCGAUCAGAUUUAUCCAAAUGGUAAUCAUAUUGAACAGUUGAUAGCCCAUAUAAUUAAUGAAAGUGUUAAUGAAUUUGAAAAUCAUUCGGGUUCACUUGUACUUAACAGACCAAAAUACAAUAAAACACCAACAUUCGAUGUACAAACGGAACCAAUAGUAGAUUUUGGUGUUAUCGAUGAUGACAUUGCUAUGCACCAAAAAACUCAAAAAUUAGACAAUUUCAGAGUGAAAUUUGAUGAUUAUGAAUUCCCUCCGUCGUCUCCAACUGAAUAUAAUUUCAGCGGCGAUACAUCUGAUAUCAAAAGAUCGAAUAAUCAAAAUUCUAUAGGACGCAUAGAAUCGACAAUGGAUAACAGCAAUAUUAUACGACUUGAAAGCGAUGUAUUAGCAACAAUUUUUCAAGAUGAAAAAAAUAAAGAUAAAAUAGUUGAACAGAAGGAUAAUAAAGCAUUAGAAAGAAUAUUAGCGAUUGAUUUAGAACCAGGAAUACGAUCGAGUUAUAUAUUAAAAGAAUCUACUCUAGCUAGAGAGGAAGAGACAUUUGAUAUUCAUCAGUUUCUAUCUGACAGUAGAGCGACUACUGAACAUUCGAACGAUUCAUUGUCGAUGAAACUUGACGAUAAGACUGAGUACUAUUUCAUAAAAAAUAAAACUAAACCACGUUCAUCAGAAAUAGAAAGAUAUCACAAUGUAUUAUCGAAUGACAUACAUGUCAAUAUCGAAAAAAAAUCAUUUAUUUAUGAAACAAAAACCAGUGAAACAUCAGUACCAUGUUUAUCCGAUGAAUAUUUGUUGUCAGAUGAACAGAGAUGGACACAUUGGCUAAUUGAUUCCGAACGAUCAUCAACUAUCUCAGACAAAUUUUAUAAAUAUUUAAAAGCUAAUCAAUUACAAUCAGUCAAUUAUUUUUCAGUACAUGAACAAUAUCAUGUUACACCAUUACUUUUUGGUCGUAUUGGUUCGAUGAUAGUGAAUGAUGUCGGUAUCGGAUGUGUGAAACUCAAUGUAAAAAAUACAAAUUUAUUUCUCUCAUUAACCACGAUGCAACAAACAUACGAUCAAUUGAAAUUAAUAUUAGACCGUGAUCAUCUAAUUAAAGUAUACGUAGGAAAAAGUAUUGAAUUUUUAAAUGGAAAAGUGACUGCUUAUACAAUAGUUCCAACAACAAAUACAUUGUGUCUAAGUUUUAAAUCACUCUAUAUGCCAAAACGUCAACUAGAACAAAGUAAAUCAACAUGUUACGAUUUAAACGUCAAACAACUUUAUGAGGAAGAUAUCGGCAUCAAACAUGAUCCAAUUGUUGAUGUCUGUUUCUCUGAUAUGAAAAAUGACAAUAAACUAGUUGGGUAUGUGAAAAACGGAAGACAGGACAAAUCGAACGACGCAAAUUUUGCAUUUGUCAAAAAACGACCAACAUACUUAGGAGAGCAAGAACGAAACGAAUUAUUAGAUUUUAUAGAUGCAGAAAUUCAAUCGUCGAAAUGGCCUGUGAAAGAAUAUAUUGGCAUCAAAGGACACCGAGCAUGGCGUGCAUUAAAAUUAGCUGCUGAUAUAUCAGAUUGGGGUAAGUAA